AUGCUACAGCUCGAGGUCAUCAUCACAUGCGCCGUGGUAAUGCUGCUGCUCAUCCUAGCGUUGAAGUACUACCCGGUGAUAUUCCCCAAGCCGCCCAAUGAACCAACCGCCCAAAUGGCUGUCAGCGAGAUCGCCACCCUCACAUCCAUAGGCGUCACCAGUUCAUCGACACCGUACCACCUCACAAGGCCGACACCCGCCUCCAAGCUGCCGCCAUUGUCACCGAUACGAGAAGAGUCAAGACAAUCAAUCGGCGACACGAACGCGAGCUUACCGCAGUCGCCGAUGGUGCUGACCAGCCUCGUGUCCCCCUUCGACAGCGUGUGCUCGCCAACGCCAACGAUGUUAACGCCACUCCCACCCAUUGCCGUAGUAUAA